CGCGUCACCAUCGCUCCGCCCUCAGACGGUGGCGCGCGCUCCUGCGGUCACGAAAAAGAAGUAAAGUGCGCGCGUCCCCGCGGCGCUCAUUUAGCGAGUUGAACAAUCACAAAAAAACCUCCUGGGAAUUUAUCAAAAACGUCUUUUCGGGGGAAGCCUCCACCGAGAAAGUGUCACGACGUUUUCGGACAACAUGGCGGUGUCUUGGACUUGGACGCUUAAAAGUGGGUUCCGGUGGUGAAAUGUCUUUUUUUUUUUCUGUCAGGAAGUUGGAUUUAAGUCGCUUGGAAAUUAUUUUGUGCUUUGUUUUGUUAGAGGGGGGACCACAUUUUUGUCAUACUUUAUCGCUCUGCUGCCGUUGAAAGACAACGUUUGGCUGCCAAAUGAACUCCAGGCGAAGUUUUCCGAAGUUUAACGAAGUUUGCUGCUCCUCGGCGCCUUAAGUAAGCUCUUGUUUUGGUUCGCGCUCCUCACAGGCCUGAAUUAUGGAUGAAACUAAAGCCAAGGAGUGAUCCAGAUGUUUGCCCAGAACAUAUUCAUCACGUUCUCCAAAAAAUGCGACGUUCAGGACCACCUCUUCAAGGAGCAUUUCCGGUUUAAACCCCCCACGUGACGCUGUUUGUUUUUAACCUGGGAACUGUCGGCGCGCGUGCAGACGCUCACCUGUGCGUGGUCAGACCCACCUGUGCGCGCCAUGGCCCGACAUGGCGCGACCCACUGAGGAGGAUGAAGAUGAUGAUGAUGAGGACACACGUCAUCGCAGGCCAGGGAGGACACACGUGACACAGUUGGCCUGGCAGCGCUUCUGAAGAUUGGUUUGAGGACCACGCAAGCAUCGCAGCAAUGAAUGAACGACAGGCUCUCCACUCCAUCAUGAAGGACCUCGUAGCCCUGCAGAUGACGCGGCGCCAGCCCGUCCUGCCAUACGACGGCGGCAAACUGAAGACGCCAACUCAGGCUAACAGACAGGAGGACGUCAGGAUGAAGUUUGAGUUCUCGGGCGAGAGGAGGAUCCUGAUGUUUGGACGGCCUGUGCAGUUUGACGACGUCCAGCACAAAGUCAAGGCUGUGUUUGGCCAACAGCUGGACCUUCAUUACAUGAGCAAUGAGUUGUCCAUCCCCCUGAGAGGUCAGGAUGACCUCGACAAGGCCGUCGACCUGUUGGAUCGAAGCUCCAACAUGAAGAGCAUCAGAAUCCUGCUGCUCGCUCAGGAGCACAACAAUGCGUCGUCCCCGUCUCACCACGUGCCGUGCAAGCAGGUGAGGAUCAAGGCCUCCCAGUCCACCGGCGACGUCAGCACGGUGUACCAGUCCUCUGAGCCAAGGGGGCGCCAUCUUUCCACGGGUUCUCAGAACACGGGGCGUAGCUCGCCACCUCCCGGUUACGUGCCGGAACGCCAGCAGAGGAUCGCGCGCCAAGGUUCAUACACCAGCAUCAACAGCGAGGGCGAGUUCAUCCCGGAGACCAGCGACCAGUGUAUGCUGGAUCCUUGGAGCAGUGCAGAGAAUUCCAUGUCUGGAAGCUGUCAGUCCCUGGACAGCAACUCAGACAGCCCCGCCCUCAGGAAGUCUCGCAUGCACCGAGCCAAGAGUUACCCUGACAACCGACAGGAGUUCUCGGACCGGGAGAACCACGUCUAUGACCGCGUGGUGGGAAAGGGAGGCACGUACCCUCGCCGCUACCACGUCUCGCUGCACCACAAGGACCACAGUGAAGGUCGCCGCACGUUUCCGAGGAUCCGACGCCCCCAGGGGAACCUUUUUACUCUGGUGCCUUCACGACGCUCGCUGAACGGCAGCGAGGAGAGCAUCGGGAGCUGGCAGCUCGUGGACACGCAAGGAAGACUCCGCCCACAGGAGCGUUCUGUCGCGCAUAAAUCGCCGAGCGCUCCAGUGACAUGGCGGCGGGGGAAGCUUCUAGGCCAAGGCGCUUUCGGGCAGGUGUACCUGUGCUACGACGUGGACACUGGGAGGGAACUGGCCGCCAAACAAGUCCAGUUUGAUCCCGACAGUCCUGAGACCAGCAAGGAGGUGAGCGCCUUAGAGUGUGAGAUCCAGCUGCUAAAGAACCUUCAUCACGAGCGCAUCGUGCAGUACUACGGCUGCCUGAGGGACCACAACGAGAGGACCCUCACCAUCUUCAUGGAGUACAUGCCAGGGGGCUCGGUCAAAGACCAGCUGAAGGCUUACGGGGCCCUGACGGAAAACGUGACCCGGAAGUACACCAGGCAGAUCCUGGAGGGAGUGUCCUACCUGCACAGCAACAUGAUCGUGCACAGAGACAUCAAAGGCGCCAACAUCCUGCGGGAUUCGGAGGGCAACGUCAAGCUGGGAGAUUUCGGAGCCAGCAAGCGGCUCCAGACCAUCUGCAUGUCGGGCACCGGCAUCCGCUCUGUGACCGGCACCCCCUACUGGAUGAGCCCGGAAGUGAUCAGCGGAGAGGGCUACGGCAGAAAGGCCGACGUCUGGAGUCUGGGCUGCACGGUGGUGGAGAUGCUCACCGAGAAGCCCCCCUGGGCAGAAUACGAGGCCAUGGCGGCCAUCUUUAAGAUCGCCACACAGCCCACCAAGCCGCUGCUGCCCUUGCACGCGUCCGACCAGGCGCAGGACUUCAUCCGCCGCAUCUUCGUGGAAGCCAAGCAGCGGCCGAGCGCCGAGGAGCUGCUCCGCCAUCCCUUCUCCCAGACCGUGUGCUGAACUUUUGACCCCCUUCUGACGUAGCGCCCUGUAGCUUCUUCCGCGUCGUGGAAGUCCCCCGUUUGCUCAAACUCAAAUAGCUGGAAUGUGCUGCUGCACCUCUCGUGUCUGUGUGGACGUUAUAGCGUGUUAGCGCGUUGGCAAACAUGCGGCGGCGCCCCUCGCUGAUCAGGGUUGUGUUCCUCUCGGCUAUCUCUCCGUUAAAUACUUCUGUUCACGCAAUGUUGGAGGUAAGUGAUGACUAGUUUUCCUUUAAGAUGAGAACCAUACACCUUCUUGCUCGGAGUCUAAAAAGCAGACGUGAGUUGUUAACAGGGAGUUUGGAAAGUGUGUUUAAUGCGUGAAAGGGAUAAGUGCUUUUGAUUGGUUCCAAUUGUGGAUUGUUGGCAUGGAGAAGGUGUAAUACUGAGAGUGUCCAGUAGGUUGCAGUCAUGAGUCGUUGGUCCAGGGAGGAAACUCAAGUAAGCUGGCAGACGUUGCAAUGUGCGACCUCACCACGAGGAGUCGCACAUUCCUGUCUGCUGAAUUGCUCAUCGCAACAGGAUUGUUUCUAACUUUUAUUUUCCAUGUUCACUCUCAGCAGGGGGCUUUUCGCUCAACCAGGGGUGUCCAAAGUGCGGCCCUGGGGGGCACAUUCUAAAAAUAUAAUUCAACAAGAAAACAGCAGUCAAAAAAAAAAUUGGGAAAAAAAAGUGUCAUGAAAGGUGGAUAUGAAUAAAAUUAAUGAUAGUAUUAAUAAUCUGAUUUGUUACCGUUAACAAAGCUGAAAUUUGUAUGAACAUUUUAUAUAGGGAUGUAACGAUAUGAAGAAAAAAAAAGUAUUUUUACACACAUUGAAAUCUUGUAACCAAGCAUUAUUAAAAUGAAAAAAAUAGACGGGCAGGACAUAUCUUCAUAUUUA